UUUUAACUUUUUUUCUUCGUCCGUCGUUUAAGUCUACAUACAUUCUUUUUUUUUGCUUAUUAUUAAACUCGCAAAUCUCCCUCAUCCCGCCUUACUCUAUCCUCUCCCGUGCGCUCGCCAUUGGCGCGUAACAACAAUAAAUAAACGAAACGAACCUCGAGAACCAUCCCUUCGCUGUUAAUCCAAUUCUCGUCGCUCUCGUUUCGCAAACUCACCCAUCAUCAUGCGCACAGAACUGUUUCUCGUCACUCUAUUCGUCCUGCUCGCCCCCAACGUCAUCGCUCAAGGGAACGGCGAUGACGAUAACAAUAAUGAUACGACGAGCGACGUGACGAUAAGUGCCACAGCUAGUCCUUCGUCAACUCCUACGCAAAUACCGUCAUCAUUGGCAGCGGCGACGACUGAGGAGAAGACCACCGAGACUCCGACGGAAACGCCAAAGUCAAGGCCAUCGUCAAGGGCAGUUUCAUCCGCUGAUAAUCCACAACGUAUUACCACCUCAACUUCAUCCAACAGCGAUGGGCCACUUCCUACUAUCCCAGGCCAAUAUAGCUAUCCCGCCCCUACCGUUCCUCCCACGCAGAACGCCCCGUUUAUGCAGCCGUCAAAAGUGCCAGAGGGCACCGUGUUUAUCGCCGUCGGAGCUAUUCUAGGUGCUUUCGGAGCUGCCGUCUUGAUAUGGCGCGCCGUCGUCGCCUGUCUCCUGCACCGCUCGGUCAAGAAGGCGGCAUUGGCUCAGCAACAUGCCAACGACAAGGCCACAUUCCCGCCCCAGCAGCCCCCGCCGUUCUACAAGUACACAGACCAGACAUCCUCUGCUUCGCUUGGUAACGGUGGAUCAGGCCGCGGCGUACGAAGGACAACACGAGGUCCUAUCUCUUCGCAAACCCCAAGCCAGUCCAACCUCUUCUUCUCGCCCACCGCUCCUCCUACGACGGGCGGCGGCGGUGGUGGUGGCAGUAGCGGCGGCAACCGCGAAUCCCGCUUCCUGCCCUCCGGUUUCUACGCUGCCGGCGCGGGCUCUCCGCAAGACCACGUCCAUUCUAUCAGCUUGACGAACCUGCGGCCCGAUUCGCACGGCCACCCGCGCCCUCUCGGGUACUCUCCGCCCGAUUCUCCCAGCCUGGCACCCCCUCCGAACCCGGUGCAACGCAACUUGAGCGCGAGCUCGCUAAACCUGAACCGCCCGCCCAGCGGACGGGCUCCCAGUACCUUCCUGGAGGAUCUAUUAGAUGACCCGAAGAACCAAUUCCCACCGCCUAGCCACAACCAGCACCCCCGGGGUUCAUCGCAAUCCCGGUAUUAGUUUAGAUACUCCGGCAGAAAGGCCUCUCCUUCAUUUCAGCGGAGUCCGGAGAAAAUAAUAAAAAAGGGAAAGGCUUAUGGUGUUUUGGGGGGAUGCAUUUACGAAUUACUUCUUUUUCGACUGCCUUUUCUUGCACGCGGAGAGGAAUAUCCUUUUUUAAGAGAAAAACAUUAUUGUCAUUCCAAGCGAUGAGCCAAAUCUGGGGGGGACGCCAGACCGGAACUUCCAACCAACCAGCCAAUCUUAGCAAAAGCUGCGAGUGGGGCGAAGGGGAGAGGGAAGGGAGCGGUGAGAAGGAGAGAAGAUGGAAUAUCCGCCCCGGGUUU